UCAUCAUCAUCCAUCCAAAGCAUUGCUACCUUUGUACUUGUUACAUGAACAUUGGAUAGGUGAAUAGCGACGGGUCAUCUAAGUCAGGAUAAUAACGGCUGGAAGCCCGUGCUGGCUCACGCAGAGAGAAUUGGCCACCCGUGUAUAUAUCGAGACAGCUGGGGAGCACUGUUGAUUCACCAUCUCGGCACACACGUUUGACGGACAUUUCAAGCUAUUGGAUGAUCUGAACCGGUCAACGUAUUCAUCCACACCACGCCCAGACAUGUCUGAGCCGUUCUCAUCCGCUCCUCCUUCCUAUACAUCUUCCCCCCGCUUGGCUGGUUACGCUCAACCUUCUAUUCCUGGACACGCAUCGCCCCCUCGAUUUCGACAACGCAAGUCUACCACCAUUGUUCAGAUCUCGUCAUCUAGCUCAUCAGGGGCAUCAUCUGAUGAUGGGAGUCUAGCCGAUCAAAGUCAAGACAACGGCUUUGCGUACACUUCAUCCACCUCGAAACCCACUUCACCCGCCAAGACUGAGGCGUCAUUACCACCUACCCGAUCGGAUACCCGUCAGAAUCUCUUAACCGACACCCUCAUGAAACAUGCGAGGCACUCUUCCAUCGAUCGCAGGACUUCCGAUGACUCCAGUGUUGCCGAAGAGGGCGAGAUUGCUUCGGAAACAACCUCACUCCUAGGUCAAGCAGACAAAGCCAAAUGGUACCGAGGUCCUUACGCCGAAGCCACCGUCAAAUUCACUGCUCUCUUCGUGGUCUUCACUGCAUUCGUAGCCAUCACCUUCUACCUCUGUCUGCCCAGGCUAGAACCAGAGGACCGAGCGAUACUGAAAAUCCCUCACUCCUUUGCGGAUCUACAGGCACUCAAUGCAAUGUUCCAAAAAUACAAACGAGGCUAUCCUCUGCGUAUUCUGACAUGUGGCAUAGUCACCUAUCUGUUCGUCCAAACAUUCUCCCUUCCUGGGUCGAUGUACAUUGCGAUCGUCUUUGGAGCAGCCUACGGUAUCGGUCAGGGUCUGAUUCUGGCCUGCAUCUGCGAGUCGGUCGGCUCAGUCCUAUGUUACCUUCUUUCCGCUGUCCUCGCACCUCCCCUCCUCAUGCUGCCUUUCUAUCGAUCCAGAGUGGCCGUUUUCCGUGCCAAACUGAUGGGAGAUGCGACUAAGGGCCAGACUGUCUCGACCAUGGACAUCUUUGCGUUCCUCCUCGUUCUCAGAAUCUCGCCUUUCCCACCUCACGGCAUUACCAAUCUCGUGUGCCCUCAUCUCGGCAUCGGUCUCGGUCUCUUCUGGCUGAGUUGUUUCAUUGGCAUCGCUCCUAUGUCCCUCAUCCACGUUACAAUCGGGUCUUCUCUUGACUCAAUGACAUCAGCAGCGGACUUCCAUAUCCUGUCGGUCAGGAACAUUCUCGGUAUGAUCGCAGUCGCCGUUGCGAUUCUCAUUCCUGUCGGUUUGAAGCGGAUCUUCAAGAAGGAUCUCGGUGACAUGGAAGAGACCGCCGAGGCUUUAGAAGAGGCUAUGAUUGAAGGCGAAGCUGUGGCUGACCCUCUGCCGGAGGACGCUGUCACGAGGCGAUAUCAAGCUGUUGAUUCGGGCGUCGUUCUGGCUGGACCUAGCCCGGGUGACCCCAAUCUGGACACCGGUGUCCCGGCUCCGAAGAACAAAGGAAAGGGAAGAGCAGUCGAGAUCAUUCCGGACAUUGUUGAGGAAGAUGAGGAUGAAGAAGACAGCACGAUGUUCAAGCCAAGGCCGACUUCCGCCUUCACGGGUCUCAACGACAAGAAGAAUGCUGCUAGAUUCACCAACUACGGGGCUGUUGAUAGGAUUCCUCAAGUCGCUAGACAUCAACCGGAAGGUGAUAGGACGUGGACCUUGACUCGAUGACCGAUAUCCAAGUCGUUGUAUCUGUAUUUUGCGCAUCAUCUUAAGAAGCAUCUCUAUGUGAUCGUCACUGUAUGUCAUAAGCCCUGUAGUAAAUUAAGGUGUGGUUCUCUCCACAACAAUAUUAAUAAAUCAAAGUGGAA